AUGAAUAUAAAAAUUAAAGGGAAAACGAAAGAAGGUGUCAAUGAUCCAGUCACAGAUGCAGACUACGCCUCGCACUGUGCGAUGUAUUACGGUCUUAAACAAACCUUUCCUAAGUUGACAAUAGUAUCAGAGGAACACUCUAAAAACGAUCCCAUAUGUGAAGAUCAAAAGCCAUUUGACACUGAAUCUAUUUCAAGUAAUCAUGUGGCGGUUGAAUAUAUGAAUAAUGAACUUGUUUUCGCGAAAGACAUUACGAUUUGGAUUGAUCCAUUAGACGCGACAAAAGAGUAUACAGAAGGCUUGUAUCAAUAUGUUACCACCAUGGUGUGUGUGGCAUAUAAGGGUAUACCAAUAAUUGGAGUUAUCCACUACCCGUUUCCAUCCCAAAAUCCGCAGACUUACUGGGGUUGGCUGGCAAAGAAAGCAUCAAGUAAUUUUGCCAAUGUUGUCCAUAGUGAGGAAAAUAAGGAACAUCCAAGGGUAGUUGUGUCUAUAUCUCACCAGGGGAAAGUGUCGGAAAUAGCUAAGGAGGCAUUUGGACCAAAAACAACAGUAGACAAGGCUGCUGGAGCGGGCUACAAAGUUAUGGGAGUUGUCAAUGGCACAUAUGAUGUGUAUAUUCACACGACAGCUAUUAAAAAAUGGGACCUGUGUGCAGAUGCC